CUCCGGAAACGACGUCAGUCUUCUGUUUACGUCGUAUGUGUCGUAUUCAGAUAAAUCUCGAUGUAUUGAAUUUUAUUUUUAGACACGUUUAUACAAAUAGAAACAUACCUCACAAUUUGUUUGAUUGCAAUGGGCGGUCAUGGUGUGAUGACGAACGAGGAAUCGUUGGAUUACUCCGUGCACGAGGCGUGGAAUGAGGCCACCAAUGUCUAUUUGCUCGUCAUUCUGGUUAGCUUCGGACUGCUAAUGUAUGCUAGAAAAAAUAAGAGGAAGAUCAUGAGGAUAUUCGCUCUGCCCCCCACAGCUGGAGCCACGACCGAACCGAACUUCUAUGACAGUCUUCAGAAAGUGAGACUCCGCCAGCAGCUGGAGAUGUACUCUCUUGCGAGGAAGUUUGACCAGCAUCAACACCAAGGCCAGAGUGAGAGUGUUCAGCUCUCUAUGGAAUGAGACUACAACAACAAGGUAGCGUGGCCUAUCAUCAUGCCUGCCCGCUCCACCCUGUCUCUCCAUCCCUAAGCCUCUUUGGCUUUGGUAAGUCUGAUCAUUACUACACUCCUGAAGAGGGCAUGGGUACCAAGGAGGAGGAAGUCGAGGGUCAAGAAAGGUUUCUGUGAUUUAAGACUGUCGUCAAAUCGUUUGUGUUUGCACAAUUGUUGCUGUACGAUUUGAAACAAGGACUAUAAUGGAUUUGGAUAUGAAGAAUUACUGGAUGUUCCCCAUACAACAUCUGUUUUUUGUUGUUGUUUUUGCAUUUCUUUUGCCUUUUUUAUGUAUUUUAUGAGUAAUUUUUGUAUUUUAUUCAAUGCCUUAUUGGAUUAUGUGUGGAUUUGUCGCCCCAUAGUGGUUUUAGGAGAACCUACAUCCAGUGUUCACGGUACAUCCUGUACAGUGACAAUUCAAAUAAGUCUUAAACUUGUAAAAAUAAAAAAAAGUAUAUUACAACAAUAACCAUUUCAUUUAGCAUAUCUAUAUACAUGUUUGGUUGUCAAGAACUGUUUCAUUUCCCAGUUUCUGAUCCUCCUAUAGAUUCCUUAUUAUGGCAUUACUGCUGGGAAAGUGUUGAGAGGGUCAAAGUUGACUUUUACCCAAUCCAAUUGCUUUUUCUAAAAAGGAAAUGAAUUGCUAUUAUUACUCUGGUUCAAAAUAAUAAAUAAAAAACAAGGGACCAAUGAAGGACCAAGGAAUUUAAAA